AUGGCGGCGCGCAAGGGUCGGCGACGCACGUGUGAAACAGAGGAACCCAUGGAGGCCGAGUCCCGCGACGCAGGGUCCGAGGGCCCGGCCCAGGUCUACCUGCCCGGCCGAGGGCCUCCGCUACGCGAAGGAGAGGAGCUGGUUAUGGACGAGGAGGCCUACGUGCUGUACCACCGAGCGCAGACUGGCGCCCCCUGUCUCAGCUUUGACAUAGUUCGGGAUCACCUUGGAGACAAUCGGUCAGAGUUUCCUCUUACACUUUAUCUGUGUGCUGGGACCCAGGCGGAGAGUGCCCAAAGCAACAGAUUAAUGAUGCUUCGGAUGCACAACCUGCAUGGGACAAAGCGCCCGCCAUCAGAGUGCAGUGAUGAAGAGGAGGAGGAGGAAGAUGAAGAAGAUGAAGAAGAGCGGAAGCCUCAGCUGGAAUUGGCUAUGGUGCCCCAUUAUGGUGGUAUCAACCGAGUUCGGGUGUCUUGGCUGGGCGAGGAGCCGGUGGCUGGGGUAUGGUCGGAGAAGGGCCAGGUGGAGGUGUUUGCGCUGCGGCGGCUUCUGCAGGCAGUCGACGACUCCCAGGCACUGGCGACCUUCCUCCGGGACGAGCAAGCUCGUGUGAAGCCCAUCUUCGCCUUCGCUGGCCAUAUGGGCGAGGGCUUUGCGCUGGACUGGUCCCCCCGUGUGCCCGGGCGCUUGCUGACGGGCGACUGUCAGAAGAACAUCCACCUCUGGACGCCUACGGAUGGCGGCUCCUGGCAUGUAGACCAGCGGCCGUUUGUGGGCCACACACGCUCCGUGGAGGACCUGCAGUGGUCCCCAACCGAGGACACGGUAUUCGCCUCCUGCUCAGCCGAUGCCUCCAUCCGCAUCUGGGACAUCCGGGCAGCCCCCAGCAAGGCCUGCAUGCUCACCACUGCCACCGCCCACGAUGGGGAUGUCAACGUCAUCAACUGGAGCCACCGGGAGCCCUUCCUGCUCAGUGGCGGGGAUGAUGGGGCCCUCAAGGUCUGGGACCUGCGGCAGUUCAAGUCUGGCUCGCCGGUGGCCACGUUCAAGCAGCACGUGGCCCCUGUGACCUCCGUCGAGUGGCAUCCCCAGGACAGUGGGGUCUUCGCAGCCUCGGGUGCAGACAACCAGAUCACACAGUGGGACCUGGCGGUGGAGCGGGACCCCGAGGCGGGCGACGCAGAGGCGGACCCUGGCCUGGCGGAGCUCCCACAGCAGCUGCUGUUUGUGCACCAGGGCGAGACAGACCUGAAGGAGCUGCACUGGCACCCGCAGUGCCCCGGCGUCCUGGUCAGCACCGCCCUGUCCGGCUUCACCGUCUUCCGCACCGUCAGCGUCUGAGUGGGCCCGGCGGCGUCUGGCCUGGCCGUGCACCUGGGAGCCGAUACCGGUCCCCGGGAGGACACUCACUCAGACCCGCAGGCCAGUCCCCUCGGGAAGGAGGCCUUCGUUUGGCCCGUUGGCGGCCAGGGUGGGCUCUCCUGGACGUACUGUUCUUUGAAAGGACUCAUUUGCUCCGUGACCCCUCCUGCCUAAGGACUGGAUUGACCCCUAACUCCCUAAAACAACUGGGUUUGGUCCAAUGAUCCUUCCAGCCAAAGGACUCGGUUUGCCCCGCGGGCCUCUGAAACAACUGAUUGGACUCCAGGGACCCCGCCCACCCAAAGAUUUGGUUCGGCCCAGUGAUCCCCUCUCCGCACCCUUCAAAGGACUCUGUCACCCUCCCUUCAAAGGACUGUCGGCACAUUUCACAGGCGGGGCUGGUGUGGCCCAAGUUGCUAUGGAUACGUUGCCAGCUGUGACACUCAGGCUUGACCCUGUGGCCCCAAGAACUCGCGCUUUACGCCGGGUGGACCAGGUUUCUGUCUAAUGGGUUUCUCCAGGAGGAUUAGGUUUUGACCCUUCCUGCUGCCAGGACCUCCCCGUCGGGGAAGGGCCUGCAUGGGCCUCUCCCCGCUCUCUGUGCUGAAGGCAGGCACUAUGCGGGGAGCAAAGUCGGGGGCGCCUGAGAGGCAAUAAAGGACCGGAAGAGGCUUGACGUGUGUGAGUCUCAUCCUGUGAGGAAACGGGCCAGAGGGGCUGGAAUCUGGCCCCUGCUUCAGCCCUCAGCUUGCUGGGUGCGGCCCGGUUCCG